CUUCUAUUUCUACUCCUCUCUUUGCAGACAAAGAUAUACGUAAUCACUUGAGCAACGACAUGUACACUGAUGGCCAUCUUGUCGUUUGCGAUCGUUUAAUGGACGCCCAUGGCCAACAUCCGGCAACAGCUGCUGCUGCCUAUUACCAGCAAAUGGAAUCGCCACCUUGCUACACUAUUGCCACUGGCCUGCCGACCUACGACGAGGCAUUGCAUCAUCAUCAGCACUUCUCCUACGGCAUGAAAUUCACGUAUCCUUCGAUUACGGCUGUACAUCAUCAUCCGGCUAUUGCCGGUCUUUACGCCACCAACUGCAACAGCAACAAUAACAACAACCACACAACCACCACAAUAACUUCAAUGUUAAAGCAGCAGCAAAGUGGCGGACAAUGUCAGCGGCAGCAGCUAAUGAAACAGAAAUCGUACAAAGUGUCACCAUUGCCUGGGGAGGCGGACGCAGAGGAGGCAGUGGCAGUGGACGUGCCGGCCACCUACGACAUUGCAGAGCUACAUGGCCUGAAUAUCCCGGCGGCUGCAUUGGGCGUUGCUGCGCCGUUGCUGGGUGUCAAUGCCAGCACGGAGAAGUCGGUGACGCUGGAGGAGGUGAUUACCAUACGCCUGGAUGAAAUGACUCCAACAGCAACGCUGGCGGCCACAACAGCAGCAACGAGAGCAACAAGAAGGCCAACAUUGUUCUAUAAUGAUGUCCAGCGGGGAAGCAGCGGCAAGGAGGAGCAACAGUGCAGUGCGGUGACGAUAGCGUGAUCACAUCAAGCACGCGCCAACGCAUCGACUCAACUGGUUGGCCUGAUGGGUCGACUGACUAAUGUCGCAUUGUAAAUAUAUAUGUAUGUUUGUAAAUAUGCCGCCGAUGGAUGCUAGAUAGUGGCGAAAGCUACACACUACGCUACGAGUAAAAUUUCACAAUCGAGCAAAGAUACUAAUUAACUUAAUGACAUUUCGAAUGAGUCUGUAAAUCGCAUCAUAAGUUACGUAUUUCACGUUGAAAGUUGUCUACAUACUUUUUAGUUACGUGAUAUCAUCUUUUCCUACAAUCGAUUUCGAAAAUGCAUUUGAAUUACGACAAUUUAUUAAAUCUCAUAUCAACGAAUGCGAUUUUUUGUUUAAUAUUAUUAUUUUUAAUUUAAUAUAUUUUACUUUGAAAGAGACUGAUUGUUCAUUAAAUAAAAAUGUUUUUGUAAUUGCAUGUAAAAUGUACACGUAUGUAUUUAUAUUUCAUAGUUCUUAGUUAGCAAGCAAAUGCAAGUAGUAAAUUGUAUUUAUCAGCGAUUUGUAAAAAUAGUCCCAUAAGUCUCGUAUGAUCUAAGAAAAACAAAAGGAAUAUUAAAUUUAAAAAAUGUUAUUCAGUUUAAAAAUUUGGUUCGUUAUUAUUUCGAUUUGGUUCCUUUCACACUCUUCCGUUUUAGUAGGUAUAACUUGAAGUUGUUUCGGUUUUUUUUUUAUAUAUGCACCUUUACAUACACAUAUAAACCAAACACACACAUCCACUCACACAACUUCAUUGUUUACAUAACAUAUUUCCAGAAAAAUCUUGGAUCAAUUCACAAUAUCGUCUGAGCCGUCACCACCUUUCAAAAGAAUGAAAGCUCAAAAUGAGAACUCGUAGGAUCUUUAGCCUGCCUGAAUAUCUGAAGUAACUACUGAAAAAUUGGAUAUCUGAUGACACCGAGUAGGUGUAAUUUCAAAGUAACUUCCUGUUGGCUGUUCAAUUAUAGAUACCCAAAAUAUAUAAAAAUGUUUGUAAACACUGUAUUAUAUUAUUUAGUUAUACAUGUAAAUACACAUACAUAUUCAAAACAAUAAUAAUUUAGUAAAGAAACAAUGAUUGAAUAUAUCAAACCCCGACAAAAUAAUUGGUUUUAUUAAAUGUUCUGAGAUAAAGAAAGCAGCAAGUUUUUGAAUAUUAUACUACACACACAUGCAAAUAAACACAUUUAUAUAGCCUUAUGGCCAACUAAUUAAGUUAGUCAGAUUUUGACCAGUUUUGGCUAUUUUUAUUUUUU